AUGUAUAACCCGAGGACCCAGAAACGCCCAGGUGAUUAUAAUGCGGUACCAGUUCUAGGAGCAUGGAUUGUAGCUUUCAUGUUCAAGUUCCGUCAAACCAAGCUUACACCUAAAAGCCAAAUUAUGAACAUCAUACCCUGGACUGGAUGUCAGCUGAUAGCCGUGUUACUCGGACUACCUGAUUACAUUUGCUGUGCAGGUCUCGGUUCGUCAUGCACGGCUGCAACAGAGUGUGCAAAUGUAGCCAAUGCUACUUGCAAAACAACAUGCCAGUGCGAUACAGCUUUUAAAACCGUCAAUCAAGCAUGCGUCCUAAACGGUAUAAAUGAUACCUGCACAGAUGACCCAAACCGUUUGAGUGCAAAUCAUUUAACAUGCGAUACAGCAAAUACACAAAAAUGUCAAUGUGUGCAAGGGUAUAAACCAAAGGCUGGGGCAUGUAUUCCAAACGCGGUUAAUGAUACUUGUAAAGAUGCCGCAGAUUGUUUAAGCACGAAUCAUUUAACAUGCGCGACAACAAAAUGUCAAUGUGAUACAGGAUACAAACCACAUGCCGGGGUUUGUAUUAAGAAUGUAAUUGGCAAAUCAUGCACAGAUGCAACGGUGUCGACUGUUUGCACACUAGAAAAUUCCGUUUGUACUUCAUCGGUAUGCGCUUGUAAACCAGGGUUCAAGAACAAUGCUGACACAUGUUUGAAAAUCAUCGGAGGACACUGUACGGGAAGCGUUGCGUGUCCUGGUGACACUCAUUCAGUGUGCAAGAACACUUUAUGCGAAUGUGCUGAACACUUUGGAGAAAAAGACAACGUGUGUACUGCAACCUUAGACAGCAAACAAUGCACGCCACCAAAAGGUACGGAGUGCGGCGCUAAUGCUGAAUGUGACGAAAAGACAAAUACAUGCCGAUGUAGUUCUGGUUUCAAGAUGAGCGUUGACACUUGUGUGGCAGAAAGUGGAGGUAUUUCAACUAAAUCCGUAUAUGGAGUGUUUGACCCAUUUGUUACCGAUAUGACAUUUAGAACCUUCAUGGACAUGAUGGAUCGCCUGCGUUGUUUCCUUCUUUGCUUUAUCUUGAGAGACAACUUUUAUUCAUGUGUACCGUAG